CACAACUACUUAAUAUUCCAGAUUAAACUAAACUGAUCGUAAAUUCGUGAUCUACGCUCCACCACCAAAAAACUCUCCAAUUGAAGAUGAGUGCAAUUUCAAUGGCGGGUUCUCUUCCUUCCCUUACCUCCCUCAAGCUACAUUCCCCUAAUAACAAUCGGGGUUCAACAGUGAGUAUGAGGGCAUCAGCAAGUACUGAUGGAACUGCUACUACUAGCCAAGGAGUGAAAUUGACUCAAGGAAAUGGCGAUCUUCCCAAGGUUGUUCUCACUUCACCUCAUGGCAGUGAGGCUGAGGUGUACCUGUUUGGAGGUUGUGUGACUUCAUGGAGAAUUCCAAAUGGCAAGGACCUUCUUUUUGUCAGGCCUGAUGCUGUGUUCAAUGGCCAGAAACCCAUCAGUGGAGGAAUCCCACAUUGUUUUCCUCAGUUUGGACCUGGGAAAAUACAGCAGCAUGGUUUUGCAAGGAAUAUGAGCUGGUCAGUUGUUGAUUCUGAAAGUACAGAAGGGAAACCUGUUCUGACUUUGGAACUGAAGGAUACCCCUUACAGCCGUGCAAUGUGGGACUUUAGCUUCCGUGCUUUGUACAAGGUCAUUCUGGAUUCCACUAGCCUUUCUACAGAACUAAUUGUCACUAACACAGACAAAAAAGCCUUUUCUUUUAGCACUGCUUUGCAUACGUACUUUCGGGCUGCGAUUGCCGAUGUGGCUGUUACAGGUCUGAAAGGUUGCAAAACACUUAACAAAGAAGUAGAUCCUCAAAAUCCUGAAGAGGGUAUAGAGGAGAGGGAAGUAGUCACAUUUCCUGGAUUUGUGGACUGUGUAUAUCUCGAUGCAUCAAAUGAGUUACUCCUCGAAAAUGGCUUGGGUGACAAGAUAUUAGUCAAGAGUACCAAUUGGUCAGAUGCGGUGUUGUGGAACCCACAUCUGCAGAUGGAGGCUUCUUACAAAGAUUUCGUUUGUGUUGAAAAUGCCCAGAUUAAAGAAAUAGAGCUACAGCCUGAGCAAUCUUGGACAGCAACACAGCAUCUUAGUAUUGCGUAAGAUGAUUAAUCAUUAAUGUGGCUUCAUGUUUGAGGAAUAGCCGUUUCAGUGCGUGAGCUUUGGAUGGGAGGAUCUCCCUUACUACCUCGUCAACAUCUUAGAGAUACUCUUCCUAGAGUUGGCAACAUUUCAUUUGUUUAAUAAAAAUAAAGUUGUAUAAUGUUCAAAUUUUAUUUCACAUGUAUUUUGAUUGUAUCGGCGGUUUUGGUCUACACCAAAACUGCAGAUUUUUUUUAUAACUAAUGUUGUACAAUGCAUAGCUUUCAAUAAUGGAUCUUCACCAACAGAAGUACAAAAGAAGAAGUUGUCACCAUGUUUCUGUUUGUUUAAUCAGUCUAUACAUAAUAAUACAUAUAUGCUGUAGCAUUUCCAUGA